AUGGGGAAAGGUGAAAAGAGGCGAUCCUCAGGAAAAGGGAGGUACAGGACCCCUAGGGCGGAGCGCACCUUUGAGAAUUGGUUAGAUGGGUAUCAGGUCUUCAUGGGUGUUGUUUGCGCCGCUUAUCCUCGGCGCUCUAUGGAUUUAGUCGCUUACCUCGCCCAUGUGAGGCGGGCUCACUCGCUCGCAGGGGAACAUGCCGCUCUAACUUACGACGAGAACUUCCGUAGAAAUGCUUCUCUCCUACCUUCCACUCGAUGGGACCUAACAGACCCUAACUACUGGGGUGAGGACGUUAACCCCUACAUUGAUAAGAAAAGCUUGGGAUCGGCAAAGGCGGGUAAACCGGAGGCGAAGCGGCGUCGCCUCUGCUGGGAGUUCAACAAGGGUGCAUGUGCAAGACCCUCCUGUAAGUAUCUGCACGAAUGCGACCGGUGCUGGGGAAACCACCCCGCCUCCGCGUGCUUUAAGAACAAACAGCAGCCCUUUCGUGGGGGCAGGGGGUACUUCCACAAUAACAACAGAGGUGCCCCCGGUCCCUCACACCAGGGACCUGGUAGCAGGCAGUAA